CAUGGAGCUUGAGUUGGAAAUGCCCGCCCCCCGAUUCUCCCCUGACCAAACGCGCUGCCACUGACACGGAGCUUCACACUGACCGCUGCCUCUCAAACUGAAGACUGUACAAAAGAGAAAAGUUUUACGGUGGACUGCAGGAUCUUACCAUAUGUGGAGAUAAAUCUCAUUCAACGCUUUUUGGGGCAUGAUAAACUUGUAUUCAUCAACCCACGAGGAACCCCUUCAAACUGGGACGCCUGAGUGGAAUAAGCCAGCAGAGGGGGAUUCGGGGGGAAGGAAGAGAAGAGGGAUUUGGGGCUUAUCCUGGACAUGACCAAUCCUUAAGGAGCCUCCGUCAAGCUGUACUAUUGCCCAGAUUAUUACAUUUAAUUUAUUGCCUUUUAAAGAUCCCUUUAUCUCCCCCGGGAGAUUCCUAGCGAGUGGGCCGCUGGAUUUGAGUAUCUUUAAAAACAAAGGAUCAGGAGCAGAGGCCGGUGGGAGUGGAGGGAUAAAGCAACAAGCCUCCCUGCCGCCUUAUACACUUCAGCAGUGUGCAGGUCAAGGGUCACUGAAUGAACUUGGAUUUGGAAAGCAUGCGAUCACAUUGAUUACACAAAUCUGAUUAAGAGCAUGUAGCAGCAGUCUCUCUGGACCUUACUAAAGAAGGAGCACAUGGUUUCAGUCCCAAACCACAAAGAUAUCUGCAGCCCGAGCUGAAUUUAUUUCUGAACUGAUUUUUUUUUUUUUUUCAGAAGCACAAACCCAGAACAACUGGGAAGCCCAGAAUCUUUGACCACAUAAGCAGCAGAGGUUUUCAGGAAUUGGAGUCAUGCAUAUUUUCAGCUCACAUUUAUCUUCACAGAAUCUUUCUGGAUAUGAACAAAGACCGAUGGCCAAAAUGGGACAUAGCUGAAUGCGUCUCCCUUUUGAGAAACUGUGCAAAAGAAACUUUCCACUCAACUGCGGUUGUUAUUCUGCCGAGAUAUUUUAAAGCUUGAAGGGUGAUACGUGUAUAGUUUGCUUUCUUAAGGUGUUCUCACCAUUUUUUUUAAAAUAAUUUUUGUGGAUAUUUUCUUUCUGACUCUGGAAAUUUACAGUUUGUACCCAGAGAAGCCAUGAACUUGGGCAAGCUCGCUGGCCUGAAGGGCCUGGUUUCCCACUCUUCAGGAAAGCGUCGAUUUAAAGGUGACCUCACCCCGGACAUGAUCAGCCCCCCACUAUGUGACUUCCGCCACACCAUGCACGUGGGCCGUGGAGGGGAUGUGUUUGGGGACACCUCGUUCCUCAGCAACCAUGGUGGAGCAGGAAAUAACGCAGAUGGAGACUCCUCCUCCACUUCAGAGAAGAAUGAGGGAUUCUUCUCCCGCACGCUUCGCCAUGUCCGCAAGACCCCCGACAGGCCCCGCGGCAGCUCCAAGGACCUUUCGCCUCCACCUCCACCCAUUUCUCCAAUCAUUAAGAAUGCCAUUUCCCUCCCCCGGCUGGACGUGGACUCACCCAACGGCUGUCCUGUGAAAGUGCUUUUCCCUAGUCCACCCAAAACACCAGAGAACUCCACAUACUUGUAUGGUUUGGAGUCUGGCUUUGUAACCUUGCCGAGACUGUCCCGCACUGAGCUUCCAGCCCAGGGCAGUUCUCCCUCUGCCUGCCCGCCUGAAAUCCACAGAGGCUCGCUCACAGACACGGGUAUCCCGUCCUUCCCAUGUUCAGACUCCAUCAGUCCUUCUGACUCCAUGAACUCCUUCACUCUUGAUCUGGGCCCUUCCCUCAUGUCUGAAGUCUUUGCCAUGAUUGACAGCCCUGUGUGUGAAACGGCUGAUCCCAUCAGUGAAAAAACACAGUCCACCGAUGAUAACUCUGAGGUGGACUCGGAUGCAACCACGUCCUUGGUGGACUCUCUCCUGAGAGAAGACGAUGACGGUAGGACACGGUUGUAUGGAGGAGAGUGGAAGCAUUCAGACUUUGUAAAUGGAGAGUCACCCAAAAAAUCCAUGUUGGGGGAUCGGAUGCGCUCCUUCUCCAUUGAGGAUCAUGGCAUGGAGCCGGAGAGUUUCCAGAGGGCUGCUGAUGUGCUGGCACGUCAUUAUGGGAGUGGAGGACUCAGGAAUACAAACACCAACAACUCUCAUAGGAGAGGACCAUACAGCUAUCCUGAUGAAGAAGAAGAAAUCAAAGUCUAACACUAUAGUCCAAAUCGUACAUCACCUUUAAAUGGAUAGUUCAGCCAAAAACGAAUGUUCUUUCAUAAUUUCCUCAGCCUCAUGAUGUUCCAAACCUGAUUCUUUCCAUUGCGAUAUAAUGAAAGGAGUUGCACAGAAUGCCACUUUUUUCAUUAUAAUGUAAUCGAAUGAGGGUUGGGCCUUUCAAGCUCCAUAAUCAUAAAAAAAAGCACCAUGAAAGUAUCAUCAUUUGAGAGUCACUCGAGCACCAAAUCAGUUCUGGUUCAAAUUUUGAACGAAUCAUCCAGACUGGUUUUCUGUACUGCAUAAACAUGGAAAAGAUAAAGAUAACACUAAAAAGAUAAAGACAAUUUUUUCAGGAAUAUGACAUUGCUACUUCUCCCGUGAACAUGCCACAGACAAGUAGGACAGAUGUCAAUGAAUAACUAAAAUAAUUAAUCAUUUAAAGGGAUAUUCCUACCAAAAAUGAAAAUUCUGUCAUCAUUCAUUCACCCUCAUGACAAUCCAAAAACGGACUUUCUUUCUUCUGUA